CUUUGUCUGAAAGUGUCUCUUUGUUCUGCUCAUUGCCCUAGUAACUGCCGUCUGAUGUUGGUGUCACGUCAAACCCUCUGCAAUUUCGUUCCCAACUCCCCUUUUCCUCGUCGUUUCCUCGUAGUUUCAUCCUCUAUCUCAUAGACCAGCCUCUUCCCUAGAAACAGAAACAUAAAUACCCAACUCCCCAAACCGAUCAAAUGCCAUCAAAACCAGACUACGGCGAGCCCGCCGCCGGAGUCCACAUCAAAGGACUCGGCACGGUGAUCAUAACGUUUGACCUUCUCUGCCGCUUUCUCAACAAGAGCGUCCCGGAAAUAGAAGCCCUGCUUCGAGCGGAAGAUUCCACCAUCGAAUCCGAUCUUCAGGCCAUUCCCGAAUUCAACCGACGUCUCGAAAAUGGGUCGUUCCCGGUGUUGCCCGCCGAUCUGUUUCCUUCUGAGGAUGAUGAUGAUGCAGGGCGGCACGGUCAUCGGUGACGUCUUGCCGCCGAGUUGCGAUGAUGUUGUUGCGAGUGGGAUUGAUACCGAGUCUGAGGGGGUUGAGUGUUAUGUGGAUGUUAUUCAAAUCGGUACCUGUGGCGAGCUAGUUGGAGAUAGACCUGGAGAUGGUGUGGCUGGGGCUGAUACCGAUGUUGAAGAUAAUUUCGAGGUUGAAGACGACGAGGGGGACGAGGAUGGAUGUGGUCUAGAAUGGAACCUGCGUGAAACUAAUACCCGUCUAUGCCAGUAUCAGAGAAGUCUGUAGCCUGUGAUAUUGUUACUUACCAUAAUUGCUCUGUGUUGAAGCCUCAAGUCCUAGGUAUCUACUCGGGCAAACUUGGAAGUGAUUUUAGUACUGUUCUCUCCUGUGUGAUACUUUUGAAUUUCAAU